GAAAAACGAUGACAAGGGAUAGAGACCCUUUGGUUGUAGGGCGAGUUAUUGGAGAUGUUCUAGAUCCUUUUAUCAGGUCUAUUUCUCUCAGAGUGAACUACAACUCAAGGGAGGUUAACAAUGGCUGCGAGCUCAAACCCUCUCAAGUUGUCUCACAACCAAGGGUUGAUAUUGGUGGAGAUGAUCUUAGGACUUUCUAUACUUUGGUGAUGGUGGAUCCUGAUGCACCCAGCCCAAGUGAUCCAAACCUCAGGGAGUACUUGCAUUGGUUGGUCACUGAUAUUCCUGCAACUACUGGGGCAUCCUUUGGACAAGAGAUCGUUUGUUAUGAAAAUCCAAGACCAACAGUGGGGAUUCAUCGAUUUGUGUUCGUACUGUUUCGUCAACUGGGGAGACAAACAGUAUAUGCACCAGGUUGGCGUCAAAACUUCAAUACAAGAGACUUCGCAGAGCUUUACAAUCUUGGAUUACCUGUGGCAUCCGUUUAUUUCAAUUGCCAAAGAGAAAGUGGUUCAGGUGGAAGGAGAAGAUAAAUUUUCCUGAUCAAAUUAUUUAUCAAUAAUAAUGAAGAAUAAUUAUAUAUCAAAAUAAUGAUUAUAUAGUAAUCUUUCUCAAUAAAAUUAUAUUAUAACAAUAAAAAAGACAGUUGAAAACUCACUGUACUGAUAUGUGUAUAUACAAAUGUUUGUAUGUUUGUAUGUGUGUGCAUAUAUAAUGCUACAUACUGUAAUUUGCCAUGAAAUAUUAUACUCAAAUAUAUUAUAAGUACGUACGCUACCCAAAA